AUGGCUGGGCCGCCACGUGAGCUGGUGCUAGCCCAGGCAGCCAUGGCAUUGGCCCUGGUCAUUUUGCUGCGGCUGUCAGGCCUUCCCUACGAACCGGACAGGCUGCUGCGGCCGUGGUUCGGGGUGGCGCUGCGUUGCUGUGAGAACUUUUUGCGACAGAUUUGCGCUGUGCUCAAUGGGCGCUGCAGGGACCAGAUACGUUUCGACUGCAGCGCUUUGGCUACGUGUGCGGGCACUUUGUGGAACCACUGGAGUGGCGCACACGCGCGAGUGUUGGCAGCCGGUCAGAUGCCUUCUGCGCUUCGCUCCGCAAUGCUAUCCUGUAGCUUCUGCGUGCUGGGCCUGCCGUGGGCACGAAUUCAGGCUGGCGAGUGCGUAGGGACUGGUGUUUUGUGGAUCAUGACGAAGACACUCAUCGUGUUCGCAGUCGUAGGCUAG